AUGAUGGCUCUUACUGCCACUCUUCCAGCAACUCAUCUGCAAAGUGGCGUUCAAACCACCCCCGAUGGCCAGCAGUGGAUUCCUAUUCCCGAGCCCACCCCCGAGCUCUGGAAGAAUGGAAGGACUUACCACGCUCGACCAGAGCAACCCUUGACGGUGGCAAACCUUCCACACUUGCACGGUGACCGUGAAGCAUUUUCCCUUUCCGUCGACGCAACGGAGCAACUCCUCACCAAUCUUGACAAGCGCCUCUCUUGGAAGGAUGUGGAAGCAUUCUAUCCCAUGAGUGACGUCUGGGCUUUCCGCCGCGUAAAGCGACCUCGCAGGUGAGCGCGCGGAGUUGACAAUCGUACCUCGGAUCCUAGCUGACGUCGACUCGCUCUAUUCCAUCUGACAGCGGUACCCACCGUCACGAGUACAUGAUCAAAGGCAGCACAUUCCAGCUUCGUCAGGCGCUCAUCUACGCGCUGGAGCGUAACGAGAUGAUGCGCAGCGCCGCAGUGCCUUGCAACAAAGACGUGCCCACCUAUACUUCCGUCAACCCUUACCCCUUCCCUCGCAUGCACUACGCCGUCCUUCGCGGCCACGCCGAGACAUAUGAGCACCUUAUCGACGAAGUCGAGGUCGACAAUUUGGCAGACGUCACCGACAUCAAACACGGCAACGGUGAAGAUGGUGGCGAUCUUCAAUUCCCAGGCUUCAUGACCGCCUUCACCAUCGUCACCAGUCGUAACUCCAAAGAGCAAGGCAUGUGCGCGCUUCACUACGUCAUGAACCAUGCCGUCUUCGACAUGGCGUCUCUGCACUACUUCUUGCGCGACAUUGAUGAGCGCCUUGGUGGUAUGGAGCAGCCACGCGACACUGCUGCACUCUCUUACGGUCCUUACGCGUACUGGCGCUACGUAUGGCCCUACACCGAUGAAGGAAAGGCCGCCGUCAACUUCCACCGUGAGCGUCUUACCGGCCUUCAACACUCCGCCAAGGCCUGGCCACCCGCACGCACCACAGGUUGGAUGCGUGGCAACGACGAGGGAUGGCUCACCAAGGACAACCAAGAUGGUCAUUCUACCACUAACGAUCGUCGACCACUCGCUCCCACUGGCAAGGAGCAAAAGGGCAAGUCCGGCGACUUCCGAGCUAUUCGAGUUCCACACAUCCUGAAGCUACGCAAGGAGCACGGCAUCGCACCCGCCAAGGCCAUCAAGACUGCCGUCGCGCUUUUCCACGUCAAAGAGACCGGUGCCUACGAAGCCGUCUUCUCUCAAGCCGAAGGCGGCCGCAUGGCCAUCGACGUUGACGGGCUCGACUUCAAGGGCGCUCGCGGCCCCAUGGUCGAAAUGGUCCUCAACCGUGUCGCCAUCCCUUCGCAGAACGAGACGGUGCUUUCGCUCUUCAACCGUGUCCAAACUCAACAGGCGGCUCUGUCGAAGCACUCGCACUACCACCGUGGUCAACUCGUGCAAGAACUCGAGAAGACCGGCGAUGCGCAUCAGUUCGAGUCUUGCGCACCUCGUUUCCACUACAACUGGGCGCCGAGAAUGCCACCCACAUCCGAUCGCAUCAAGCUCACCAAAUUCGAGGGUCGCUCGGAUCUCGGCAUGGCUCUCGUCUAUCGCCUCAAGGGUGACGACGAGCUCGUCAUCGAGCAGUCUUGGGACAACGCUCAGCUCAAAGAGGAAGAGGUGGAGCGCACCACGCGCCGCAUUCUUGCUGCCGCAAAGUGGAUAUGCAAUCCCGAAAACUGGAACAAACCUAUCGGUGAAUGCGAUUUCGACGCCCACGACGACGCGUACGUGUAUCAAGGACUUCCUUGA